AACAAACCACUAAACAGCAGUUGUCACCAAACCGUCCAUCGAGACUGACGAAUAUGUAUCCGCUCACCGCUACCUAUUAUGAUGCAAAAGAAAAAAUAUGGUCUGGACCCCAGCGAAAAGAUUUCUAUAACAAGGACAUAACAUUGGGAGAAGUUAUCUUUGAAGUUCUCAACAAAUGCCCGGAUAAGAUUGUACAGAUACACGAUGUGACGCAGGAGAAAUUGACGGCCCAACAGUUAUUGGAUCACUCGCGGGUGUUGAGUAAAAAUCUCCUUAAAUUAGGUCUCAAGAAGGGUGAUGUUAUUGGCCUGAUGGCCAGCAAUUGGACACAUGUGACGACACUGAUGUUGUCUUCGUUUGUGUGUGGCACCCCCGUGAAUGCUCUGUAUCAGAGUUUUGAUAAAGAUUCUGUUGCCAUGGUCUAUAAGGUCACCCAACCUAAGGUAUUAUUUUGUGAUGCCGAAAACUAUCAAACUGCCUUGGAGGUCAACAAUCAGCUACAGCUGAAUGCUCCAAUAUUCGUAAUGAAUGAUAACGACGUUGUGGAGGGUGUUGGACAUAUCAAAGAUCUGUUGAAGUUGGACAAUGAUAUCAGCGAUAAGGAAAAUUUUAGAUUCCCUUGCUACGAAUUGAACGGAGACGAUACAGCCAUGCUGUUGUGUUCUUCUGGCACCACUGGCGCUCCCAAAGGAGUUAAAUGCUCCCAUCGAGCAUUGCUCAAUCAGAAUGUAUUUCUAACCCUCAAACCCGACUCGGUGACAUUCACCUUCAGCGCCAUGUAUUGGGCAUCCGGUCUGUGGACAUUGGUGCAUUCUUUAAUUCUCGGUUCGCUGCGCAUUGUUACCACUCGGCCCUACACCCCGGAAUAUUUACUCGACUUGGUGCAGCAAUACAAAAUUACCCAUGUUCUUUCGAAUAAUCAGUAUAUGGCUGAAUUGGCACAAUAUGAAGAUGUGCCAAAAAUACAAAAGUGCUUGGAAUCCAUUGAUACGCUGUUGGUAGGCGGUGCCAAGGUCACCUUGGGCCUGCAGGAGAAAAUGCAUCACAUUUUAGCGAAGAAUCUAAAACGGUCCGGCUUUGCUGUGGCCUAUGGCAUGUCCGAAUUGGCUGGAAUGUUGACGAUUAAUGGCGGCUAUGUGACAGAACGCCUAGUGGGCUCCGAGGGAAAAAUUCUUGCCAACAAAAAAGUGCGUAUAAUCGACAAACAAGGCCAAGCAUUGGGGCCUAAUCAACAUGGAGAGAUUUGUAUUUACUCACCCUAUCCCUGGUACGGUUAUCACAAUAACGAGGAGGCCACGCGCAAGGCUUUGCGGGAUGGAUGGCUGUACACCGGAGAUAUUGGCUAUUUCGAUGAAGAAGGCUUCCUGCAUGUCUGCACCCGAGACAAUGAUGUCUUUAAAUCGAGAAAUUUCCAAAUCUAUCCACAACUCAUCGAAGAGGUUAUCUAUCGUUUGGCGGGCAUUGCUGAAGUCUGCGUUUUCGGUAUUCCCGAUCCGAUUGCUACGCAUUUGACGUCUUGUGCUGUGGUACGUUCUCAAACGGCAGAGGGUUUGAAGCUGUCAGCCAAGGAAAUCGAUCAACAUGUUAAGGCCCAUAUGGGCAGUAUGUACCACUUGGCUGGCGGUGUUUAUUUUGUAGAUGCCAUACCGAAGACCGGUUCGGGUAAAGUCCAGAGAGCCAAGGUACUGGAGCUUGUUAUGAAAAUGAGAGAAGAAAAGGCCUAAAUGUAAAACUGUGUUCAUUGUUAUAUAAAUAAAUAGAUAGAUAAUAAGUCAAAUUACUUUUAAUAAUUAAUUAAAUACAAUAUAAAAA